UGCAGCUUUUUGCGGAGCAAUACGUCCGCGGUGCGCACUUUCUCCUGCCACUGUUUCCUAACACCGGCACUGAUCAGUGUCCAGGCCCGCUGUAUGAGCACCACACAGGCCUGGGCUACAUGAUUCAGUUUUCACCAUCUGAUGCAGAUCGUCAGUUGCGGUGCUGGUCGGAGCGCGCGCAGAGCGCAGAGAUGAGAGGACGCGCGCCAUCAGCUGUUUAGCGCCUUCGCUUUGGAUCCUCGCCAUCAUUUUGCGCUUUUUGAUCCCCUUUCCUCCUCUCGGCCGGCCGGGUUCGUGACGUUUUGUGGCUGUAAUGCAGUAAUCCGGGGGAAUAUGUGAAGAUAAUGCUGGUGGUGCGGUGCUUCAUGGUCUUUGCUGCAGUGGGCGAGAGGCUGACGGCGUCAGGUGGGGUUACGAGCCCGGUGCAGAAUGGAGACAUGUGGGACUGGUUUACUCCAGCAGACCAGCCGGACAGCAGGGAUGCUACAACCGAGCUCACCUAUCCAAAGCAGCUGGUGCAGCAGACCAAGUCAGAGGAGGAAAUGGCUCAUGACCAUUUGGAUACUAGAGUGAAGAACAUCACCGGGGACGUCUUGCCACUGCACUUGGCCCAGACCUGCUUCCUUGUCGAGGCCUUUGGACGCACCUUUACCCUGGAGCUGGAGCUGAACCAUCACCUCCUGUCUUCUGAAUAUGUGGAACGGCACUUUAACCAACACAGCAAACCGUCACAGUCCCUGGGAGGGGAGCAUUGCUACUACCAGGGAAGGUUAAGAGGUUUACCAGAGUCCUGGGCAGCUCUCUCCACCUGCCACGGUCUGUGUGGCAUGUUUUCCGAUGGCCUCUUCACUUACGGCAUUGAGCCAUUCCACAAUGACAGCAAUCAGGGUGAUGGUGCACAUUUAAUCCAUAAAAUGCCUGAUUUCAGACUUUCUCCUCACUGUCCAGACUGUUCAGAGGACAGUGAGUGGGAGAGCAGAGGAGGUGAUGGUGAUGACAACAGGAUAGACCAAAUGAGGGAGCAGCAGGUGUCAGAGGGGCUGAGGCGGUCCAAGAGAUUUGUUCGCAGGCCCUCUGUCCAGACUGAGACCAAAUACAUCGAGCUGAUGGUGGUCAACGACCACGACAUGUUUGUACAGUUGCGUCGCUCCAGCAGCCAAACCAAGAACUUUGCCAAAGCGGUGGUCAACAUGGCUGAUGCGAUCUACAAGGAACAGCUCAACACAAGGAUAGUGCUGGUUGCCAUGGAGACCUGGACCUCUAAAAAUAUGAUGCCAGUGGUGGUGGACCCCUUGAUGACGCUGAGGAAUUUCAUGAAGUACAGGAAGGAUGGCAUCAAAGAGCAAAGCGAUGUAGUCCACUUAUUCUCAGGGCGUAUAUUUGAAAGCAGCCGCAGUGGGACCGCCUACACAGGAGGAGUGUGUUCUCUAACCAGAGGAGGAGGUAUCAAUGAGUAUGGGAAUGUAGGUGCAAUGGCCAUCUCUUUGUGUCAGAGCCUUGGCCAGAACAUUGGGAUGAGGUGGAACAAUGCACGCAAUUCUGCAGGAGACUGCAGGUGCCCAGAUACCUGGCUGGGCUGCAUCAUGGAAGACACUGGAUACUAUCUGCCCAGAAAAUUUUCUCGCUGCAGUGUUGAUGAGUACACCCAGUUCUUGCUGCAGGGAGGCGGUAGCUGCCUCUUUAACAAGCCCAGCAAGCUGUUGGACCCCCCAGAGUGUGGGAACAGUUUUGUCGAGCCAGGAGAAGAGUGUGAUUGUGGAUCCCAGGUGGAGUGCGCCCGUAAUGGAGGAGCCUGCUGUAAAAAGUGCACACUUACCCAUGAUGCCAUGUGCAGCAAUGGACUCUGCUGCAGUGGCUGCAAGUAUGAGCAGAGAGGCGUGGUUUGCCGAGAUGCUGUAAACGACUGUGAUAUCCCAGAAACCUGCACUGGAGACUCCAGCCAGUGCCCACAUAAUGUCCACAAGCUGGAUGGCUACAUGUGUGAUAACAGUCAGGGACGCUGUUAUGGUGGACGAUGCAGGACUCGUGAUGGACAGUGCCGGGGACUCUGGGGUUUUAAUUCAGCCGACAGAUUUUGCUACGAAAAGUUGAACGCGGAAGGAACAGAAAAGGGCAAUUGUGGUACAGGUCCAGAUGGUCAGGGAUGGCUGCAGUGCAACAAACCGGAUGUACUCUGUGGGUUCCUUUUCUGUGCCAACAUGACGGUGAAGCCAAAGUUUGGAGACCUGCAGGGUGAAGUAACCAGCUUCACACUGUACCACCAGAACAAGUACUUAGACUGUCGAGGUGGCCACGCUCUGCUGGAGGAUGGUUCCGACCUGGGUUAUGUGGAGGAUGGAACGCCAUGUGGUCCCAACAUGAUGUGUUUGGAGCAACGGUGCCUCCCCGUGGCAGCCUUCAACCUCAGCACAUGUCCAGGGUCCAGUAUGGGACACAUCUGCUCCGAUCAUGGGACCUGCAGUAAUGAGGUGAAGUGCAUCUGCGACAGGGACUACACAGGGAAGGACUGCAGUGUCUUUGACCCCAUCCCUGAGCCUACGGUCCCUACGGGCCCAGAGAAGAAAGGUCCCAGUGGCACCAAUAUCAUAAUAGGGUCCAUCGCAGGUGCUAUUCUCCUGGCAGCUAUAGUCCUAGGGGGAACAGGAUGGGGAUUUAAAAACAUCCGAAGAGGAAGAUCUGGCGGAGGAUAAGGCACCACCUGUCUUGUCUUCAUGUCAUGUUCUGUCUUCCUCCUCACCCUGUCAUUUCCACAUCAGAGAAGAGGGGAACAAAAAGUCUUCCAUUCCUACCC